GGUGGCGAAGAUGGUGGAGGUGUUUGGAAUAUGUUUGUUUUUAUGCCAUUUAAUUUCUGCCAUUAGCGGCGAAAUUUUUAAAUCGGACGAUCUUAAAUCGCUUCAGCUUCUGCAUGUCGUGUUUCGACACGGUGAUCGAACUCCCAUUUCUCUCUAUCCAAAUGAUCCUAACCUGCAUUAUAAAUGGCCAGUAGCAUUAGGAGAAUUGACAGUUUUGGGAAAAUAUCAACAUUACAGAUUAGGAAUGUUUUUGAGGGAAAGGUAUAAAAACUUUCUGACUGAAAAUCCAGAAGAGGUGAUAGUAAGAAGUUCUGGAAAAAAUCGAUGUCUGGAGAGUGCCGAAUGUAAUCUAGCAGCUAUGUAUCUCCCUAAAUCAAAAUGGGUGUGGAAUAAAGAUUUGAACUGGCAACCAGUACCAAUUCAAACAGUUCCAUUAUCUGAUGAUAAUCUUUUGUAUACUGAUUCUCCUUGUCCCGAAGCUGAGAAAGAAGAAGAGCGAAUAAAAGGGUCUCCAAACGGACAGAAAUAUAUUAAUGAGCAUAAAGAGUUAUUUGAAUAUCUUUCCAAUUACAGUGGCACAAAAGUUUCAUUUUGGAAGGAUGUUGAUUAUCUUUAUAACACAAUAUGGAUAGAGAAAAAAUACAAUUUAACAAUUCCUUCUUGGGCAAUUCCAGUUUGGGAUGAAAUGAAUCAAGUUACUUCCGAUACAUUUUAUUGGGAAUUCAGUACAAAGUUGAUUCAGAGACUUCGUGCUGGUCCUCUCAUAGGUGAAAUAACUAACCAAAUGCUUCAAAAAGCAAAAGGACAGUUAUCAGAUCAAAUUAAAGUAUACAUGUACUCAUCACAUGAUACUCUAAUUGCUGCCGUGUUAAAUGCUCUAGGAGUGUUUAAUGGAAUUGCUCCUCCUUAUUGCGCCACCAUCGUCUUCGAACUACACUCGGACGGCUAUCAGGAUCACACGGUUAGGAUUUUAUAUUUAAAUACUUCCGAUCCCACCGAGGAACCGCAACAAAUACAUCUCCUUAAAUUAUCGAGCUGUAGCAAGAGAUGUCAGCUCGGGAAGUUUGUGCAACUCACGCGAGACAUUGUACCUUUGGAUUGGAAGAAGGAAUGCGGUUUAGUCAAACAACCGCCUAUUUUGUCACAACAAGCCAUAAUCAUUAUUGUCGUCCUGGGCAUUCCGUUGCUCAUUUUAUUAAUUGUGGUGAGCGUGCUGCUUUGGAGAUACUGCUGUCAAGACGACGACGGAUUUCCGUACCAAUUAGUCCCUACGGUGUGAAAUAACCGAAUUGUUUUGGAAAUAUUUUACAAUCAUCUUAAAUGACACUUUUGGUUCUGUUUGGGAGAACUAUUAAUGUACGAAAAGAAAUAAGAAUUCAAACAUUCAGUUUUUAUGUAAAUAUAGAUUUAAUAAUUUUUAAAUAUUUUCCUAAAUUUAUGCUUGAAAUGUAAAUCACUUUAAUUUGUAAAUAGGUCCACUCAGAGAAAAAGAAUAAUUGCAGAUACUAGUUGAUUGCAUAAGCCAUUUCAUUUUGCACACUGAUCUUGAGCUUCUCUUCCAGUCUGAUUAUUUCAUUUAAUCAGUUGCUUUUCAGCAUUGGAUAUAUUUUGAUGAAAAUUAAUUUUUCAAACAUUUGAGCAAAAUUUUAUUUUAAAUCACUUAGCAAUAAGUGGAGAAAAAUAUCUUUUUUUGGUUGCUAUUUAAUGUUUAAGGAAUAAUCAUUUCAUUAUCAGCAGUUUGUUUAUUUAGCGGCUGCGAUGUUCACUUUGAUGCUACAUUUAUGGUGUUCUUCUCACGCUUCAUUUGUUAAUUUUUAUAAUUUUUAUAAAAUGACAUAAUUAUAUAAUUUUAUAAAAAUAUAUUUAUUGCAUAUUUUACUUCAAGCCAUCACAUUUAUUAUAUUAUUCUCAUAAAUUUUUGAUUUCUUCCAUUUUUGACGCAAAAGGCUCUGUGCCAAUCUGGACUCCGAGCAGACGCCGACGGUUCACGCUCGAGCAAAUCAAAGACUAAAUCAAACUUCCGUAAUUUCACUUCCCGCAGAUCGAACAUUCCACAGAAAAAAAUAUAUAGUCUAAUUUAUUUUGCUAGCGAUCUAGAAAUGUAAUUUACAAUGCUGUCAGAGCACAACUAUUAUAUGCAAUUUGUUUCAUUUUAAAAGAAAUAGUUGAAUGAAAGAAAACUAUGUGAUUGAUCUUUUAAUUAUAAAAAGACAACUUUGAGUAAAUUUUAAUAAAAUUUUGGCAUUCUUAGAUUAUGUCAUCCAAAAAACAUCAAUUGUGGCACAAUGCUGAUAAAAUGUAGCAGUUAAAAUAACCAUUUUCUCAGAGCUUUACGUCCAUUGAAAAAAAGGAACAGAGUUUCUUACAGUUGAUUUACAUUUUGGGCAUUAUUUUUUGUAAAAACACCAUUUAUUUACUUUUAUUCUUUAUAAAGUUUUAAAAAAAUAUCAAAUUAUACAAAAUUAAAAUUUGUAUGAUAAAUUAACUUAGUGUUUGUACAGUACAUUAUAAAACAAUAAACCAAGAUAAAAAUUUGAAAAUAUUUAGAGACUCAAUAGAUCUAGAUUCUCGAAUAUUCAUAUUACGGAACCCAGAGUAAAGCGUAUUAAUUCCAUCAUUUAAUCCGGAUAAGUUUUACGCACGGAAUUUAUACGAAUAACUAAACGGAUAAUAUAUGCUUAUUCCAGAAUGCGUCCGCCAAACAUUCCAUAUACGGCCGAACUCCAGCGUAUUUAAUUAUAUUUACUGAAGUCAAACUGCAGUACACAGUUGGAGUUUAGUGACGUAUGGAAUAUAUAGCAUUUCACAAACGCUUAAUAUGAAUAAUCGAGAUUUACUGUGAUAGUAAUUGUAAAUUAGAAUGUUUGAUCGUAUUUAUUUAUUUCUUUGUUGUAAAUUUGUUUUUCGACUAAUCACUUAAAUCUGUGAUUACGUUGUAUUCGAAGGACCAAUGUGUGUAUUAUAGAAAAGAAAUGAUUUAUUAACAUUUUUGUACAAAAGUUAUUAUAAAUAAACAUUUAUAUUAUUUUA